AUGGGUCCAAGAAUUUGGGUGUGCUCUCUGGUUAUUUCCAUCCCAGUACUGAUUAUAGCAGCUCAGACAAAUAACCAGGAUUAUGUUGCUCUACAGUCUCUUCAGGCUAUAUGGCAAAACACACCACCCAAUUGGGUUGGGCCAGAUCCAUGUGGUGCUGGUUGGGAUGGAAUUAGGUGCAACAAUUCCCGUGUGACUUCUAUAACAUUGGCAAGCAUGAAUUUGACUGGUCAGCUGUCUGGAGACAUCCAGGAGUUGGCUGAAUUACAGAUUCUGGAUCUUUCAUACAAUAAAGGAUUAACUGGAUCUCUUCCUUCAUCGAUUGGAAAAUUGAAGAAGUUAGCAAGAUUAAUCGUGGUUGGUUGUGGUUUUUCUGGUCUGAUACCAGACACGAUAGGAUCUCUACAACAGCUGCUUUCUUUGUCUCUGAAUUCCAACAACUUCAUUGGAGGAAUACCUCCUUCCAUUGGUAGUCUAAUAAAUCUUUAUUGGUUGGAUAUAGCUGACAACAAGCUCAGUGGCACUAUCCCAGUAUCUGAUGGAAACACACCUGGUCUUGAUAUGCUGGUCCAUACAAAGCAUUUUCAUUUUGGACAGAAUCAUCUUUCCGGUGAAAUCCCUCCACGGCUUUUCAACUCAAAUAUGACUCUCAUUCAUGUGCUUUUUGAAAGCAACAAUCUCAUUGGCAACAUCCCUUCCACAAUAGGACUUGUACAGACUUUGGAGGUGUUACGUCUUGACAGGAAUGCAUUAAGUGGAACUGUCCCACGAAACCUCAACAGCCUUAGUCUUCUCAAAGAGCUGUACUUGUCAAACAACAAACUGACUGGUGCCUUGCCCAAUUUAACUGGCCUGAAUUCCCUCAACUACAUGGAUCUGAGCAACAAUAGUUUUAAUGCGUCUGCUGUUCCAUCAUGGAGUUAUGGAACGCGUACAACUUCAAGGACAAGUUCCAGUUGGCCUCUUCAGCCUCCCUCUCUUGCAGACCGUGUGAGUUGUUUCUCAAUCUCAGGUGAUCCUAACAAUUAUAUUGCUGAUUAUGCACAGAGCGUGGGAUACAAAAAGGAGUUGAUACUUGUAGGUAACCCAAUUUGUCAGGAAACAGGACAGAGUCAGACAGAAAACUACUGUGUCAUUCCCGAGCCGUCCAAUUAUUCCUCAUAUUCAACUCCCCCAAAUAAUUGCUUGCCUACCACAAGUGGUUCAAAUCAGUUAUCCAGCCCCAAUUGUAAAUGUGCAUAUCCAUACACAGGCACCCUAACUUUCAGAGCUCCUUCCUUCUUUGACCUGAGAAAUUUGAGUAUUUAUGCGUCCCUUCAAAGUUCUAUGAUGGUUUUUUUUCAGUCCCAUCAACUCCCUGUGGAUUCAGUUUCUUUGAGUAAUCCAACCAAAAAUUCAGAUGAUUACGUCAUACUGGACGUGAGAAUUUUCCCAUCUGGCCUAAACCGUUUCAACCAAAGUCGAAUUUCUGGAAUAGGGUUUGUGCUGAGCAACCAAACUUUCAAGCCUCCCAGUGGAUUUGGACCGUCUGUCUUCCAUGGUGAUGGCUAUGGAAACUUCGCAGGAACCCAUAAAUCAACAAGUACUGGUGUCAUCAUCGGAGCAGCAGUUGGUGGCUCUGUCCUUGUGAUAUUAGUACUCCUCGCAGGAGUUUAUGCUUUCCGUCAAAAGAGAAGAGCUGAUAAACAGAAUAAUCCUUUUGUAUUGUACCUAUCAAGCAUCUUGGAACCCAGACAAAACAGUGGAGGUGUUCCUCAGUUAAAAGGAGCAAGAUUUUUCUCAUUUGAGGAGCUCAAGAGAUGCACAAACAACUUCUCAGAAACCAAUGAUCUUGGAUCUGGUGGCUAUGGAAAGGUAUAUAAAGGAACUCUUCCCAGCGGACAACUGGUUGCCAUCAAAAGAGCUCAACACGGAUCUAUGCAGGGUGGUCUUGAGUUUAAAACUGAGAUUGAGCUUCUUUCAAGGGUUCAUCACAAGAAUGUUGUCAGCCUAGUGGGCUUCUGUUUCGAGCAAGUUGAACAGAUGCUGGUCUACGAGUAUAUUCCAAAUGGUACACUGAAGGAAAGUCUUUCAGGUGCUUCUGAUGAUUUCCUAACCUUCACUUCAUAUGAAUACUAA